AUGAUUUCCUUUAUGAAGGCCUCUGUCCUUCUUGCCUUCGCGGCUGCUACGCCGGCUAGCAGCCAGUAUGUCUACAAUUAUUACAUGUUCCACGACUUCCGGAAUCUAGAUGCUCCGACAACUGAGCCUGCAAGGAUCAACAACGAUGCAGAGUCAUCGGCGGCCACUGUGCAAGAGGGAUACCUGACUGAUGCCCUCUUCACCAAUGACUGGGGAAUCGAGACCUGGGGGUCGCCCGCAGGCCCCAACGCUCCCUACAGGAAGCAAUACAGCAACGGCAACGUCUACAUCCAACGCGACCCCUCCUCCGGCCUCAGCCACCUCACCCUCCGCGCAACCCGCAACACGGACUUCAUCUCAAGCGGCGAAAUCGACACAAAGCUCUCCAACAUCCUGCACGCCAGCAUAAACGUGCGAUUCCGCGUGCGCGGCGACCCCGGCGCCUGCGCCGGCGUGUUCACCUACUUCAACAACGAGAACGAAAGCGACAUCGAGGUGCUGACGCAGGACCCCAAAACCACCAUCCGCUACACGAACCAGCCCGGGCUCGACGCCGACGGGAACGAGAUCCCCGGCGCGUCGGUUGCGGCGACGAUGCUGGAUGGCGCAAGCUGGGACGAGUGGCAUACGCAUCGGCUGGAUUGGACGCCGGACUUGAGCUCCUGGUAUCUGGAUGGGCAGUUGGCGCAUACGAAGACGUAUGGGAUUCCGAGGGAGCCGAGUACGGUUAUUUUGAAUAUGUGGGGAGACGGUGGUCCCCUUUGGACUGGCGACAUGGCUGUUGGGGCGGCUGCGUAUAUGGAGAUUGAAUAUAUUGAGAUCUACUAUAACCUUGCUUAG